AUGGCAGACAAACCUAGUGUCCUGUUUGUUUGCGGCCACAACGCUGGCCGCUCCCAAAUGGCAGCGGGCUACCUCUCCCACCUCGCCGGCGACAGGAUUGAAGUCCGCUCUGCCGGAUCAGCCCCGGCCGACUCCGUCAACGCGGCCGUUGUCGAAGCCAUGCGCGAAGAGGGUAUCGAUAUCACCGACCAGAAGCCCAAGAUCAUCACGACCGACGCUGUCCAAGCCAGCGAAGCCGUCAUCACCAUGGGCUGUGGGGACGUAUGCCCUGUUUUCCCCGGAAAGCGCUAUCUCGACUGGAAACUCGACGACCCGGCCGGACAGGGCGUUGAUGCCGUCUGCCCAAUCCGCAAUGAAAUCCGCGGCCGUGUUGAGAAACUUAUCACGGAGCUUUUGCCUAGCUAG